GUUAGAAUGCUAGGUAUUGAAUUAGGUUGGAUGUUAUUGUUGACUUUUGAAUAUAAUUAUUUAUGGUAGAUGUUAGAGUUUGUAUAUUAUGCAUUGAAAAAGAAUAAUUGGUGUUGGAGUUAUGGGUGACUAAUGUGUUGUUGAUUGGAGAUUGGAAUGCUAGGCAUUGAAUUAAGGUGGAUGGUUAUUGUUGACUUUGGAAUAUUAUUAUUUAUGGUAGAUGUUAGAGUUUGUGUAUGUAUUGAAAAAGGUUAAUUAGUUUUGGAGUUAUGGGUGACUAAUGUGAAUUGGUAAAUGAUAUUUAUUGUAGUUUGAACGUUGUGCUUUUAGUGUUUAUUUGUGUAUAAAUAAUGGCUAAGUAAUUGUAGUUGUUUGCAUGAAAAAGUGAAUUAUUUGAUAUGUGAUGGCUAGUAGAGGUGGUGUGUGUGGGCGCAAGCCUUUUGUGCAAGGGUCUCGGGAAACAAUAGCCAAAACACAUGCGUGGUUGAAUGAUAUGGAAACCUAUUGGGAAGGAAUGUUUUUUAAGUUUGUGUUUUCUAAAGAAUAUUAUGAUCAAGGAAUUAUUAAUGUUCCGUUGGGGUUUGCUAAAGCACACUUUGGCUUGUUUCCAAAAUCAACGGAUGUUGUUGUGCAACUUUAUGAUACUCGCUUUGAUGCUCAGCUGAAAAUCAAUAGGCGUGAUGAAAAGCUUAUUCAAUGUUUAAUCAAAAAUGGAGUUGAUGCUGCGAUUGACUAUUAUGAAAUACAAAUUGAUGAAGGAGCGAAUAUUAGUUAUUUUCAUGGAAAUCCUAUAGUAUUCGAUGUCACAUUACAAUUGAGUGCUGAUUCUUAAUGUAGUGUGUUGGUAGAAUAAU